AUGGCGAAGCGCAAGCUCAAGCUCAAGCUCAAGCUCGCGACCUCGCCGCUCACCCAACCCAGGAAGAAGGCACGAUCGAAAGCCUCCGGAGACCUUACCCCGAAAAGCACCAAGCCGCUACCCUUCUUCGAGUACCUGAACUACGAUGUGCGCAUGUUGAUAUACAUGCAUAUGCGCCUACCCCCCUGGUCCAAUGGAAGCCAUUGGAAAGGCUUCAUUCUCUCUUGCCGUCAAGCUCACCUCGAAGCAUCUGAAAGUGCGGGCCGUCGGCUGAAGGCUGCCCUGAUCGCCUUCACGAACAACUUGGAAGGCGUCCAGGUUCCGAACAUCCCAAUCGGCGAGGGAUUCAAGGCUUUGAAGGAGCUCACCUUACAGAGUUCCGUCAACUAUAUGCCACUAUCGGAGUUUGAGAGACUGAGCCCGUUGCUUAAUCUGUACCUCGACAAGAUUACCUAUGUUUUCAAGGGCGAUGAAGUCGCUGCUCGAAAAGUGAUAGAACCUCCACGACUACAGCAUGAGGUUACCGCAGCUCUCACCGACUCAAUUUACGGCGGUCUGGCUUCUCGGCGCAUGCCAUGGCUUCGCAGCAUGGCUCUAGAUUUGAGAACUGUGGCAGUGUGGAUAUCAACCGACGCUGAAAAGGCUAUCCACACAAAGCAGAUCGCCAUUGCUUGGGAUUUACUGCCUGAGGACUCUGAGAGGAUGACGAGAUUAAGGAGACCCACUCUCCAGGGCUCCGAGCGGACCUAUCCUAUAUGGGACUUCGAUCAAUGGGGAGUAAGUGAAGAAAACCUUCAGGAGGAGCUGCGGAAGGUGAAGAAAUAUGAGCUCUCAGGGAAGGAUGGGCUGUUGGGCGAGUGUGGGCUCCGAAGCGAUUAUCGAUGGGUAUUGCGUCCAGGCGAGAACGUGCGAAGUCUGUGGCUGUAUACACCGACUAGGAAGAUCUCGAGCCAGGGUAUUGGCCAGGAUAUAGUGGAAGGCUAG